AGACCCAAACCCACGAAACCCUCCUGCCUCGCCGCCGCUUCCUCAUCCUCCCGCCGCUUAGUCCCGGACCCGGACCAACCUUCGUGAGGACGGGAAUUGGACUAAGGGGGUAGGAUGCCGCCAAAGAAAGCGGCGCCAUCGAAGGCGGAGCUGGCCAAGAAGCAGAAGGUCGUGGAGGACAAGACCUUCGGGCUGAAGAACAAGAAUAAGAGCAAGAACGUCCAAAAGUACGUCCAGUCCCUGCACCAGGCCGUCCAGCCCAAGCCUGACUCGACCAAGACCGCCGCCAAGAAGAAGAAGGAGGAGGAGAAGGCGCGCGAGAAGGAGCUUAAUGAUCUGUUCAAGGUUGCCGUCAGCCAGCCCAAGGUCCCUGUUGGUGUUGAUCCCAAGUCAAUAUUGUGUGAGUUCUUCAAGGCUGGCCAGUGCCAGAAGGGUUUUAAGUGCAAAUUCUCUCAUGACCUGAAUGUCCAGAGGAAGGGUGAAAAGAUUGAUAUCUAUACAGACAAGCGUGAUGCAGAAACCAUGGAGGACUGGGAUCAGGAAACUCUUGAGAAGGUUGUUGAAUCCAAAAAGAUGGAGUAUCAGCAAAACAAACCUACCGAUAUUGUCUGCAAGUACUUUCUUGAUGCUGUGGAGAAGAAACAGUAUGGAUGGUUCUGGGUUUGCCCAAAUGGCGGCAAAGAGUGCCAUUACAGGCAUGCCCUUCCGCCUGGAUACGUACUGAAAUCACAAAUGAAGGCCUUACUAGAGGAAGAGAGUGAGAAGAUAGCUAUUGAAGAUGAGAUUGAAGAUCAGCGUAAAAAGACAAAGACUACAACCCCUAUGACAACGGAAUUGUUCAUGGAAUGGAAGAGGAGGAAGGCAGAAGAAAGAGAAGCUGGUCAGGCUGCCUUGAAAGCAGAGAGGGCUAAGAAUGAUCGCAUGAGUGGCCGUGAGUUGUUCAUGGCUGACGCAAGUGUGUUUGUUGAUGAUGCUGAAGCAUACGAAGUAUAUGAGAGAGAGGAGUCUGAGGCCAAUGAAGAAUCGACCAAUAAAAGUCAGAAUCCAGGUCCAAGUUCAUCAACAUCUAAUGGCAAGGAGGUUGAGGAGCCUGACGACGAUGAUAUCGAUGUUGACGAUGACUUAGACAUUGAUGAAUUGAAUGAACUUGAAGCAAGCCUGUCGAGAACUUCCAUCCAAAUUCGAGAGCCUGGCGAGGGAACAUCAUCUUGAGCAGUACUACAAUGGAAGAUUGUUGCGAAGUUGCUCUCCAUUUUUGCGCUUCCAUCCGAUCUAGUCGCUUUUGCAAACAAAGAACCGUGGAGCACAGAUGCAAGUGGAAUAGAUCUCUUAGCCUUGUUCACUAGCUAUCUUGAGGGAGCAACGAUCAACAAAUGACGACCAGUAUUAUGAUCACACAUGACAAUUGAUGUUUGCUGUGUGCCUUAUUUUUUUUAUCUUGUGCCCUUUGUGGGAAAUAUGUUGCUACUUGUGAAUAACAGGACUAAACAGUUUGUUAGCUUUCCGCAGACUCAACAGAAUUUUGAAGUGAACACUACGAUGAAUC